AUGGCUGUUCUGCAGCAAAAUCAGAGUGCCUAUGCUCAUCAGCAUCCCUCUUUGAUCAGUCCCUCCGACAUGCAACAACCACCCACGCCGAGGACCGACUCAUUCGCCAAUGGCGACGCCCUGCACAGGCAUCUCCUAGUCGAGACUGCCAUGUUCGACAGCUCACGAUUCGACAUCCUGGCUAUCGAAGAGGUCGACGCCUUGAAGAAAGAGAAGACAAAAGUCGAUGCCCGUAUUGAGGGAACACGUCGCAAACUCGCUCUCGAGAGCAAAGUCCGUGAGGCCGCUCGCUCCUUGCACCGUCUGUAUUUGCAAGAGGGCCGUCUCUCGCAAGGCCGUAGAAAGAGCUUGUUGGGGGACAGAAGACUUAGUUCGUCCAGUGUCAAGAGCAACAGCGCCGGUCAGGCUAGCGAAGAACUUGCUCAAAGCGAGAAGAAGGUUGAAGAGCUGGUUCAGAUUCUGGUUGGUCUUGAAAAUCGCAGACAAUACAUUGAGAGCAGGCUCUUGUGCCAUACGGCUGCUGUCUUGCAGGCCGCUCAUCUUCAGCGCGAGGCUGAAGCCGCCGACCAUCUCUCGCCUGACCAUCUGCCUCACAUUCGCGACUACGAUCAGAGUGUCCACAGCGAUGUCUCGAAAGGCCAGUCCAUCAUCCACAACAGCCAAUUGAACGAUGUCAACACGCGCCUACAGUUCCUGAACGGCCAGAUGCGCUCCCUCAUCUCACAAGCAAAGAAAGGCCGUGCAGGCAGCAUCGACACUUCGCCCGACGACAUUCCAUCCGCCUACCCAGAGGACGACGAGCCUUCGAUUCGCCUCAACAAUCAGCUCGAGCAGUUGCAAGACGGCAUUUUUGCCCUACUUGAAGAACACAAAUACAUUGCUCAAUCACGCGAGGAUGCAGAUCAGGGUCUUGUCGAGAAAAGGCUGGAGGGCGUCAACAACCAGCUAUUCACCUUCCUCUCUGGCUACGAAGGUAUACAAUCACCUCCACAACCCACUGGUCAAGGAAUUCAAGAUCAGAUCAGCUACCUCGAGGAGAACAUUACAAACGUCGAUCACAUGCUGCAGCACUCUGCAUCUCUUCAGGACUCUCAUCAAGCCAUGACGAGAGAUCUAGACGAGGCACAUGCCAAGGCCAACACUCACGCUGAGAAAUCUGCACAACAUGAGGCAGUUAUGCUAGGCCUCUGGGGAAUCAUGUCUUCUAAAGAGUCUGCUGCUGCCAACAGAGAUGUUGACUUUGAUGAUGAAGAGCUCGAAAGGACCACAUCCGAGCCUUUCAGCACUGAAGCCUUCACAUCCAAGGUUCAACACUUGUUCUCCCGCCACAACGACCUCGAGUCCCAAACUGCUAUCCUAAAGAGACAGAUCGAACAACAACGCGAGCUCGCUGGAAAGUCUACCAGCGAAGAUGCUGCUCGUGCCAGUGAAAUCGAAGAGCUCAAGGAGCGUGAGCAAGAGGCACUGGAAGAAGUUGAAGCACACAGCAAGCGUAUCGAGCAACUUGAGGAUCAGAUCGUUGAACUCGAGAACAAGAUUUCCGAGCAUCAAGACGAGGCAAGAAUUGCAGCCAUUGAAGCACAGCACAAGGAGAGCGACCAUCAAGACCGUCUGGAGGAGUUGACUGGAUCUCUCAACCAGGCCAAGGUAGCCAGAGAUACUGCAGAGGCCAAUCUGGCUAUCAAGGCCGAAGAGAUGGAUGACCUCGAGGCUGAAAUCGUACGUCUCACCACCGAAGUCGCAAUGGCCAAGGCGGAGUUGGAUGGUGCGUACGGCAGUCGAUCAGAACGUGCCAAAGAAAGCCAGAUGGCCGAAAUGCUCGGACUCCAUCAGAAUGCCGAGUCCAGAGCCAAAGCGCUGGAAGGAGAGAUCAUCACGCUACGCGAGAUCCAGGCAGCAGGCACACGCGACGACGGUCGUAUGCGCGCAUUGGAGAAGGAGCUUGCCGACAUGGCGACUGACUACCAAGAACUUACGCGCGAGACGGUCGAAAUGGAGAAGGAGCGUGAGAAGCUUGAGGGAGUGAUUGAUUCGCUUCGUGACAAGAUGGAUGCUCUGGAGGUGCAGCUCAGCGAUGAGAAGGUCAGAUGGCUUGGUGUCAGAAGCCCUGGCGGCACACCAGAGUUGGGUGGCACAAGGGAAACGACCAGCACCAUGGUGCUAAGAAAUGAAUUCAAGAAGAUGAUGAGAGAGACUAGAGCAGAGGGAGUCAAGUUGCUAAGAGCGGAACAAGAACAACGCAGACAGAUCGAGUCGCAACUUCGCAGUCUCCGAAGAGAACGCAACGGAGGUGUCAGUCCACGUCUGGGAAUGAACAGCCCAGGCCUUCGCCCGACUUGA